UUAUCAUUCGUCUAAAGCGAAUGAGUUAAUAUCAAGGACGCCGAUAAUAAUUGUGUCAAAAUGCUUUCUCCAAAGUCGGUUUUAAUCACUGGAUGUAAUCGCGGCAUUGGUUUGGAGUUCGUGAAACAGUUUCUUCGACUAGCAAAACCACCUAAAUUCUUGUUCGCAUGUUGUAGGAAUCCUGGUGCGGCUACGGACUUGAAUACGAUUGCAGAAUCCAACCCAUCAGUAAAUGUUGUAGAGUUAGAUGUAACUAAACAAGAAACUAUAGAGAAAGCAAAGUCCCAUGUUGCAUCGAUAGUAGAAGGCGAAGGUUUGAAUCUUCUAAUCAACAACAGUGGCAUUGUUAACCGUCAAGGUAUUGAAGAUGUUACAAGGGAAGAAAUGAGAAGUUGUUUCGAAGUUAACGCAAUUGGACCGUUAAUGAUGGCGCAGGCAUUUCUACCUCUUUUGCGACAAGCUGCUAGCCAUCAUUCUGCAGAUCCGAUGUCCUGUAACAAGGCUGCAAUUAUCAACAUUUCCACUGGUGUAGCUUCUAUCUCAGAAAAUUCCUCGGGUGGAAGGUAUCCAUACAGAAGUUCGAAGGCCGCGUUGAACAUGAUAACUACAAACCUUUGUCUGAAUUUGAAAGCGGACGGAAUCCUUUGUACCGCUGUCCACCCUGGCUGGGUAAAAACAGAAAUGGGCGGGCCAAAUGCACUCAUCGGCACAGAAGAAAGUUUAAAAGGAAUGAUGUCUGUUUUGGAAAAACUUCAAGGGGAAGAGUGUUCUGGAAAGUUUUAUCAUGGUGUCAGAGGAGACUUGAUUGGAUGGUAGAUGAUGGUGCUCAGAUAAUAAGACUGCUUAUGAAACUUAAUAUAUUGCAACUAGUUAUAUAUAGUUGUGAUUGAAUUCAGCCAAAGUGAUUCCUUUGUACAUACCUUGCAUAUGAUCUCUAAAUACAGGACAUUUAUUUCAGUUCAAAACUUGUUAUUAUGCAUGAACAUGAAUGGGCUUUCAUAAUGAUGCGGAAAUGAAACUGCCAAUGAUUAAUGAACUGUUAGACUGAUUGUCAACAGCAGUGGGAAUAGGUCUUACGGAAGUAUUUAUCAAGUGCAAUGUCAUAUCUAUUGUUAUAAUCAGUAAUAAUCAGUACCAUUGUUGUUUUAGUUAAAGCAAAUGAGAUUAGCAUGCUUUCAGGGAAACAAAGUAUUUCGAUACAGCCACUUACACUUCAAAAUUGUAUUUCGCAUUUAGCUUAGUUACAUACUUAUUUACGUUUAUAGCUAACGAGAUUGACAUGUUCUGACGGAAUAAGUUUAUUUUGAUAGAAUCAUCCGGUCUUCACAAUGAUGUUUGCAUUUCGCUUAUUGCAGUUGCAUCUUUUUACUUUUUAGCUGUAUUAUUUAAAAUAUUGCUAUUGUGAUUUCUUUCUCCGCCGUGCGCGUCCUCGUCUUUGCAGAAACGUCUGGAAAGAAUGCUUUAAGACUUCACACAGGAGUCUUAGGCACUCCUUAACUUUUUACAUUUGACAAAAUCAUUCCAGUUUUGUAUGUUGGCUAGUUUCUCAGCAACUCCUCGUGGACGGAAUGAGCAUUUCAAAUCCCGAAGAAGAAAUUGGCGUCGUGAAAUAACUUAACAAAGCCCUGGCGUACAUAAUCAUUUUGCAAAAUUUUGUUCAUAUUUAGCUUUCAAAUUCUGGAGAAAAAAAUCUCAGAAACUACUGAAAAAAAAGUAUUCAAAUACAUCACAUUUUCGUCUUAAAAAGACAUCAAAGAAACAGGUUUCAUAGCUUUUUGUAAGCUUAUAUCUUUGCAUCUGUUGUUCUUAGGGCGUGAUAAUAUGUUAAACAGUCAGACACGCUUUUAUUUGACAUGGAUAUACAACCUUUGAUUGUUUGUCGGAAGAUAUAUUGCUGAAAAUCAAUGAAGUAUAAUAAACUUUUGAUAUAAAUAAUA